AUGCAUAACAGAUGGUUCUUCGAAACUCUCGAGGAGAUAACCUUUACCAAAUGCAAAGAUGAUCCACUAUUUGUAUCAGUUGUGACCUGUGCCUUCGUGUCCCUUGAUAUACAAUUAUGUCUCCAUGAAAGUACAAGCUAUUUACAAUUGUAUUAUGGCUAUCAUGUUUCACCGAAAGCAAUAAUUUUAGCUAAGUUGAGAACUAGAAGUUUCACGAGAUUUCAAAUGAAGAUUGCCAAAUGUGCCAUAGUCCCGCGUCCAGAAGGAGGUGGAAACCAUCGACCAAAUGCUGGACACUUGGGAGAAGCCAAAUCCGUGAGUGAUCUGAUGAGUAGCUACAGACGUGUAAGAGACCGCAAUUUGCAGCAGGAGAACCAAGUCAUGGCCUUCAGCGAAGACGACCACAAUCAUAAGGUUGUACUGGAUGUCCAUGACUUCAAGAGUGGUGACGUUAAGGUCAGAGUGGAAGAUAAUCAGGUGGUGGUGGAAGGUCGAGUGGAAAAGGAAGAGGGCGACUACAAGUCCUUGAAAAGCUUCUGUCGAUGUUUCAACUUCCCAGGCAAAGUGGACAUGGAGGCCGUGACUUCCGCAAUGUCUUCCGAUGGCGUGUUGACUGUCACGGCUCCGAAGAUUCCACAGGCAGCAUAAGAAAACAUAUAUAAUUAACUCUGAUCGUAACAUAAUCUUUAAGACAAUGUAUGUUUCAGUAACUUAUUAUUUAGGAUAAUAAAAGGAAUAAGACAUUUUUAAAAAUAAAUUAUAUUUGUUUA